GACCGGGUGUUUUAAGGUCUGGAACUGUAUCGCGUUUGGUUUCGUUUCUGAGUCCGUCUUGGGUUCAUGUUUGUGCUUCAUUAUUAGGUCUUCACUGUAAUUGUGUUUUCGUUUGCUGACUUUAAAACUAAAACGUUUUGUCAUUUUUUCGUCCAAAUCAUCAAGGAGGGUUUUUGGGACUGGUUCUUUCCGCGUUUUCCAUCACUCAAUACAUAAACAGACUGUGCUCAAGCCUAUUGACGAUUAAACGCUACAGAAUAUUCCUAGCCACCCAAGAUUCACUCUGUAAUGUUGAGGUUGCUGAUCGUGUUUGUAUCUACUGUUUUAAGUGGCGUGUUUCCCGAUGAACAUAGUCAUGUGUAUGAUGUUGCAGAAGAAGUGGUUCUAUGGAUGAACACCAUUGGACCAUACCACAAUCGUCAAGAAACUUACGGAUACUUUACCUUGCCCUUUUGUCGUGGACCUAAAAUUUCAAUUGAACAUACCCAUGAAACUCUGGGUGAAGCUUUACAGGGGACAGAACUUCAGUAUAGCGGGAUAGAUAUUCGAUUUAAAAUUAACAAACCUAAGUCAACGAUGUGUGAAGUUGAUGUCAAUUCAGAUGCUUAUAUAGCUUUCAGUAAAGCUAUCGAGCAACAAUAUUGGUAUCAAAUGUAUUUGGAUGAUCUACCGAUUUGGGCUGUUGUAGGGGAGGUAAGCAAAGACGGUCAUCCUAGUAUUUGGACUCACAAAGAAUUGGAAAUUGGAUAUAACGGAAAUCAAAUCGUUUUUGUCAAUUUAAUCAAUGGUGACUUGACUCCUUUAAAACCGAACACUAAAAUUACAUUCUCGUAUAAGGUUAGAUGGGUUCCAUCAGAAAUAGACUUUGCUGAUCGAUUUGAUAAGUAUUUGGAUUACGAAUUCUUUGGACACAAGAUUCAUUGGUUUUCAAUUUUUAAUUCAUUUAUGAUGGUAUUGUUCCUUGUCGCAUUGGUCUGCAUGAUUUUAAUGCGAACAUUACGUCGUGACUAUGCAAGAUAUAACAAAGAAGAUGGUCUAAGUGAUUUGGAUCGUGAAUUGGGCGAUGAAUACGGUUGGAAACAGGUGCAUGGGGAUGUUUUCCGCUCACCUCCUCAUUCAUCGUUAUUAGCUAGUUUAGUUGGGACAGGGAUUCAUAUUGCCGUGGUUUCAUCCAUAGUAUUAUUCUUGGCACUAACUAAUAAAUUAUACGCUGAACGUGGAAGUUUCAUUUCUACUGCCAUAUUUGUUUUCGCUUCUACUUCACCGAUAAAUGGAUUGGUUGGUGGCAGUCUAUAUGCACGUAUGUCUGGCAAACGCUGGAUUCGUCAAUUCCUUAUGGGUGCUACAUUACUGCCAUUCCUAAUAUGUUGUUCUACUUUUCUGGUAAAUCUUGUUGCCAUAUACUAUCGUACGAGUCGCUCUAUCCCAUUCUUGACAAUGCUCUCCAUCACUUCCAUUAUCUUAUUCGUAGUCAUUCCAUUAAAUUUAGUCGGUACUGUGUUAGGUCGUAAUUUAUUUGGUUUGGCGAAUUUCCCAUGUCGAGUAAAUCCUGUUCCUAAAGCAAUACCGGAAAAGAAAUGGUUUAUGGAACCGUCAUUUCUCAUUAUUGCAAGUGGACUGCUACCAUUUGGAUCAAUUUUUAUUGAACUAUAUUUUGUCUUCACAUCAUUUUGGGCGUAUAAAAUUUACUUUGUUUUUGGCUUCACUUUGCUUGUUUUAUUUCUUCUAAUUGCUGUGACAACAUCUGUUACUGUUGUGGGCACCUAUUUCUUGUUGAAUUCUGAGGAUUAUCGUUGGCAAUGGACAAGUUUUCUUUCUGGUGCAUCGAUCACGUUUUAUGCAUAUUUAUAUUCUAUUUACUACUACUUUUUCAAAACCAAAAUGUUUGGCCUAUUUCAAACUACUUUCUAUUUCGGUUACAUGGCAUUGUUUUGCCUAUGUAUAGGGUUACUUUGUGGUAAGUCUCUUUGGUCGCACACUUCUAGACUUAUUCGAAUUUGAGGUAACGCAUAAUUCUUUGUUCUUCUAUCAAUGCUUUAAGCGGCAAUUUCAGAAUUUUGAAUACUAAGUACUUUUCAGCAGACAAAUUCAGUUCUAGUCUGCAAUGUCACGUUCAUAAAUAAAGACUUUAGUGUUCGAGCCCUUCCUUGUAAGUAGGUCAUCGACGAAGUCUCAGCAGGAAUAUAGAAGCCUCAUUUGUGAUCUAACACCCUGCACCACCAAAAGGGACUAAUGAGGUAUCUACCUAUGUUACGUCCUUGAUUCGUCUACCCACUUCUAUGCAGAAAACAACUUGUUUAAUCUAGCUAACUGGCCUAACCUUGAGCGUAGUAUGCAUGAAUUCAAAGUGAGACCAAACUAUUCCAUCACCUGAUUGACUGACAAGCACGCAAAAGAGAAAAGACAAAUCAACUGGAACACUACUCUAUUUAUUCCCGAUUCCGGUCUGGUUCCUAAUUCAGAUUAGUGUAGAAAGAUACAUGAAUAAUUAAAUAAAUAUCUAACCAGACCACAAUGCACAAACAUUUAGGAAACUACAAUUAUGUCAAAAACUGGGGAUUAUAGUAGAAAAUAGAGUACAAAAUAUUACGCUCAAAUUACAAUAUCCUUCGGACAGAAAAGGCUAUGACAGUGAAUCAUACAUCAAACAAAAGCUUGUGGUCUGUAGAAUAGACUGUAGACAAACGUAAAUAUUACUGUUAUACAAGCUUUGAAUAAAAGGAAACAACUUCCCCAUUAAUAACAUCCGUGGUUUGUCAAGACUUCCUAUUUCUUUCUUCACAUCAACCUAUUAGAAAACAAGCUUCAGUUGCAACACUUCCCAUUAACUGUACAUCUGUGAAUUCACCCUAUUAUUGUAAGGAUCAUUAGCAAUGUUUAAUUUAAUUGUUUCAAAUAAAUUAAAUGUUGCGUUAGCAUUUGUUCGCUCUAAUAUUUUUUGUGAAUAUUCAAAAUAAUGGAAAUUGAAAUUCCCGGCGUUUCGCGAAUUAAUGUAUGCCACUUCUUCAGAGUAAAUAAAUAGGUAAUCCAAUCAAAUUGACGCAAGUUAAAUAAAACAGGAAAAAGACGGAGUGAUAAGUUCUGCCGAAAUUAAUAUAGGUUUGAUUAUGUCAAUUUCAUGUGACAUUUUUGGUUAAACUGUUUCUGUAUGAGACGUCAUUGUAUGUAUGAUGUUGGUUAUGAAAGAUGUCCAAUUUGUAAUAUAAAGGAAUGCAGUUAGAAUUUGAGUGUAAGCGUAUAUUGGACCGCGAAUGAAUGGAGUUAAAUGUGGUUGUUUGGAUGAACAAUUCCAGUUGUAUGAAUAUUCGGGCUUUCCUUUCUAUUGAGGACAGAGGGAUUUUGUAUUACAUAAAACGUUUCGGUUACUUGUCUUUUUUUACAGUUUAAAAAACGUUUUUGAAUUAUUUUGAUGUUUUUAAUACCUGUUUGGUGAAAAUAGCAUGUACUGCUAUUAUCAAUUUAAUUUGUGGAUUUUUCAGCUCUACACAAUUAUUAGGUCUUGUGUAGCUCAAGUGUUCCUUGGUCGAGUAGGAAUUUCACGGGAAUUCCCAUUAUUGAACUCAUGAAAGUUAACCUAAUUUGUAAACAGUUUCGUUUGGAUGCACGUUCAGUUAUUUAAUUAUUUACUGUGAAGCCGUAGCUUAUAUUAUGUCGCGAAACGUCAGAAAUUCGUAUUUCAACUGAUUGCGAUAUAUUUUAUUUAUUUCAACACAUAAAUAUUGGUACAAGAGGGCAGCAUAUAUGUAUGCGCCACACAAAAUAAUCGGAAUGGGAAGAGAAAAAGAGGGUAAGGUGCAUGUAAGAAAGAAAAAGAAAAAGAAAAUAAUAACAACCACAUAUUAGUGUAUGUUAUUGU